AUGUUGAAAGCAUUUCAUGCGUCCACUCUUUUCCUGUUUAGACGAUUGUCGCCACGAUCUGUUCUUUUUAUUAGCAUUCUAUGCCUGGGAUUCUGGUUUUUAUUUCCUUCCCUCACCAGCCCAGAAACAACGAAAUGGCCACAGCACCGACCGGACCCGAAACCGAAAAUCCACAUUACGCCUGCUAAAGGACAUCCCAUUGACGACUUAAUUCGAGAUGCUAAUGUCCAUUUCCAGAAUUUGCUGGCAAAACGGUCCUUUACUCUUGAAGAGUCUGCUGCCCGCUAUCGAGAGCGUCGAGGUCGGCAUCCACCCCCCGGUUUUGACAAGUGGUUUGCGCAAGCACUAAAGGAUGAUGCUGUUGUUGUGGAAGACUUUUUCGACAGGAUACAUCAUGACAUCAACCCAUUUUGGGCCAUGAGCCCGAGCGAAAUGCGAGUACGAGCAAAUACACAACCACAACUCAUCCGGGUCCGAAGCGGUCGAGUCAAAUUUGAGACUGAUGAUCCGGAUCGUCAACCGUGGAUUCAACUAUGGACCAAAUUAGUCAAGGAGAUGAUGCCUCACCUUCCCGACCUAGACAUGGUCGUGAAUGUCAUGGAUGAGCCCCGUGUGCUUGUUCCAUGGGAUCAGAUGAACAUAUACGUGAACACAGAGCGAGCCAACAGGCAGCUUAUAGAGCCACGAAACGCCAUUAGUCUUUACACCGGUUUAAAGGACUUAGAUGCAUUGCAAGAGAAACACUCCCACGGUCCAGGAUGGAUUACGGAUGAUGCAUCUAACUACUGGGACCACUUGCGAAAAGCGUGCUCGCCUGGUGAUCCGAGCCGAAAUAUUUCGGGUUUGGGCUCAUUCUACGGCCCAGUUGAAUAUCCCCAGGAGGAAUUACCAUACAUGUUUCAGGGCUUCGUCCGGAACUUUACUCAAGCGCAAAACCCCUGCCUGCAACCGCAUUUAAGGGGAAUGCAUGGCGCCUUUGUCGAGAGUAUAAGCAUGUCCACCACUCACAGCUUGUUUCCCAUCUUUGGGGGUUCGAAGCUGCCCCAGAAUAAUGAGCUGCUAAUUCCAGGGGCAAUGUAUCUCUCUGAGCGCGAGUUCUAUAACGGGGGCAACGGUCAUGGCCCAAAAUGGGCUAACAAGAAGAACAUGUUAAUUUGGCGCGGCACAGCAUCUGGCGGUCGAAACAAAGAAGACAACUGGCGACAUUUCCACAGGCAUAGAUGGGUCCAAAUGAUGAAUGCGACGGUAGUCACCGCUAUGGAACGAGACAAUUUAACUGAGUGGCAAACGUUCAGUCUUCCUCCUAGUGAACGGUACCCCGUCAGCGCCCAGAUAGAGGAUAGACUCGGCGAGUGGCUCUCAACUUUUUCGGACGUGAGCUUUGUGCACUUGGAGUGCUAUCCAUCUGUAGAGGAUCUUGUCGGUAUAUGGCCGUUUCGCCACAAAGAAAGUAGGAAAACGUGCUCAUACACGUCGCCAUUUAUGGCUGUUCACCCGAGCGUACCAAUGAAGACGCAGUACCAGUAUAAAUUUUUGCCUGACGUGGAUGGGAACUCGUUCAGCGGGCGAUGGAGAGCGUUUCUACAGUCGACCAGUCUGCCGUUAAAGUCAACUAUAUACGCAGAGUGGCAUGAUGAUAGAUUUGCACCAUGGGUACAUUUUGUGCCUUUUGACAACACCUAUCAGGACAUUUAUGCUGUUCUAGAAUACUUUCUAAGCCACGAUCGCGAGGCAGAAUCUAUUGCUACUGAAGGAAAGGCCUGGGCAGAGAAGGUGUUUCGCAGGGCAGACAUGAAGCUCUACGUGUGGCGGCUGUUAUUAGAGUAUGCGAGAGUGCUAGACGAUAAAAGAGAUAACUUGGCGUUUGUUGGGGAUCUGAUAUAG